AUUGAAUUGUCUAUCACUUCUAGGGGCUCUUCGAACCCCCAAUUGAUUUUGAAUGCAUGCCACGAUGCUCAAUCAUCACUCAUUCUUAAGCGAAAUCCGCGUCUCACUCCUUCAAGUUGACAACAUAUUGAGGAGUGCACUUGUGCUUCUUGCAGAAUUUGAUCACUUUGGCUAGAAUCCCGCAUGAUGUUGGUCAUUGGGGAUCGGGGUGUAGUCGUCGACACAGUCAUCCUUGAUCAUGUGCUUGAUUGUUUGCGAUUGUACUGCCACCGCCUCCUCCACUUGGAACGGCUCGUCGUCGCUGCUCUUCAGGGUGAUAAACUUUUUCUCGCUGCACUUGUCGACAUUGUUACGACAAUCGGGGCUCUUGGUUAACUUUAGAUAUUUUUUGUGGCGUGCAAGCGAUUAGAAAGCGAGAGCGAUUGAUUAUUUGAUGAAGAUGGGAGAAUGUGUAUGCAUUGCUCGGUGUUGCUUAUCCAUAUAUAUAGGAAGAGAGCCUAAUUGCACAUUGAUUUGAUUUUAGGAGCUCCGAAACAAAAACAGAAAACAUACAUUUUAUGUAUGUUCGGAAUUUUUUUAGCCGCGCCUUAAUCGAAUAAUCGUUCAUUUCAACCGGUAACUAGUAAAUCUACAAAUUUAAGGACCAGAAUAUAUAUCAGCGAAAAUCUAAAAUGUGUGACCAAAUUGUAGGCCUUACCAAACUUUAGGUGAAAUCCGUAGUUAUCCUAAAAUCAGCGAAAAGACAAUAUCGUCCUUCUCUCGUGCGGUUCAUGCUGUGGACACAUACAGCUCUCCGGUGGCAAUCGGCAAGCCUCCUUUCCUCCCCUGACCCAAAUCAUUUAUAGAGGGAGAAGCCUGCGAUCGCCGACUCACUUCCCUGCCUCCAGUAAUAAUGGCGCUGAUCACCAGGAACACCGCUUCUCGCCUCCCGCUCCUACUCGCCAACCACCGCGCUGCCGCCGCCGCUUCUCUUCAUACAACCAUCCCCUCGCUUUCCCCCGAUAACGCGACCAAACCGACCUCUUAUGCUCCGCCGCCUUCCCCGGCCACCUCUUCCCCCGUGGGGCUCUCAAAGACGGCCGAGUUUGUGAUCUCCAAGGUCGACGAUGUCAUUAACUACGUCCGUCGAGGCUCCAUCUGGCCCAUGACUUUCGGGCUCGCUUGCUGCGCUGUGGAGAUGAUGCACACCGGUGCCGCUCGCUACGAUCUGGAUCGGUUUGGGGUUAUUUUCAGGCCUAGCCCUCGCCAGUCCGAUUGUAUGAUUGUCGCUGGUACCCUUACCAACAAGAUGGCCCCUGCUCUUCGCAAGGUGUAUGACCAAAUGCCAGAGCCAAGAUGGGUCAUCUCCAUGGGAAGCUGCGCAAAUGGUGGUGGAUACUAUCACUACUCGUACUCUGUUGUACGUGGUUGUGACAGGAUUGUCCCUGUGGACAUCUACGUCCCAGGUUGCCCUCCAACUGCUGAGGCCCUACUGUAUGGAAUACUGCAGCUGCAGAAGAAGAUCAACAGGCGCAAGGAUUUCAUGCAUUGGUGGACCAAAUAAGACCCUCUCUGGAACACUACUGGGAGGGCAGCUUGGUUACCAGCUUCUAUGGCACCUAAUAAUUCAACGUUGUUUUGCCUUGUCGUCUGUUUAUUAAGUGGUGUGCGAGGAUGGAAAGAUCCUUUCCACCGUUAUUGAUGAUGGUCCUGUUUCCAUAACCCGGGAAAGCUUUCAGCCUCCGGAGCUUGGAGCUCAUCUAUGCCUUCUCUGGGAAAGAUAUUGUAACUUUGAUUGGCAUGAACAUGCUUGCAUACUUGUUCAUCCUUUUCUUUUUGCUGUUUCAGCCAGUUACUUGGUUGGUAGUUGUUUAUUACUGAUGCACUUGGAAUUGGAUGAGGUUUGUGUUGUUAUGUGGAGCAAAUAAAGAGCCCUCUUGUGAACUGUCCAUCCCUUGGCUUCAAAGUGUAACUAGUAGCUACUCCUGAUUCUGGCUUAACUGUAUUUCCUUAGAGCCAUCUGAUCUUUUGCUGUGAGCUUCUUCUUGUCGAAGAUAUCGUAUGGAAGGAUCGGUUGAUUGGUUUGCGUGGUUUUGUUACCCUUAGGUGAGGUUAAUGGUACCUCUUGUUGUUUGUGAGCUUCAUUCUCCUUUGAUAUUUGAACUUGGGGUUUUCCGGCGAGUUCAGAUGGCCAAAAGGAUAAACUCAUUUCUUCCCAUUUGCUCAAAGCAUUGGGUAAUUUUUUUUGGUAUUGACGAGCUGCUUUACUUUCCUCGCAGAGGGAGGCUGCGAUGAGGUUUGAGUGUGUGAGAACUGAGAAGUUGUAGUGGAACAAUGGUCAAUAAGACGGUCUUUGCUUUGAGUGUGGGCUUCUUCUAGGUACCCAUCUUUUCUAUGGGCCGUGCGAUUCUAACUUUGCAAUUUGUGUGGUGUGGCCUUAGGCCUUAGCUAGUGAAAAACACACAAGGGAAUUGGCAAGAAGCAAGUAGGCAAGAAGCAAGUAGGCUUAUAGAGAAUUCAGAAGGCACAACUUCCCAUGAGCUUCUAUUCCGGACAACUUGGGUGGGUGCUUGGUGGGAGCAUGCAUCGUUUGGAUGUUUCUGUGUGAGACUGCAAAACAGAGUACAGAUAAUUUGCUUGUCAAUUCAGUUGGGUCCAUGGCACAUGCCUCAAAAACAUUUGUUUAUUUCUCUAACCUCUUUGAUUCACACACCUGACUGUUUCUUGCUAUCCAUAAUCUGAAAUUCGGAUGAAUUGGUUAGUGUAUUUAUGGUCUCAGAUGUUCUUACACAAACGGAUUAGAGUACUUGAUAUACCGUUAUUAGAUGAUAAUUGCGUUAAUACUUGUUGUUGUGUGCAUUUAACAAUUGUGGAUCACGUGUUCUAUCAUAUAGGUACAUUCACAUAUAAAAAUUUUGAACGUAU